UGCUUCGUUUCCAUCUGUCAAAACCGAUCAAAAAGGUGGUGCAUUACCUUCGGCUAGUGGUGCGAAUAAAAGUGUUAAUUUUGGAAAAAAUAAUCGUUCUUUCCCAGGAAAAACACUAUUACAGUGCAGUUUGCUGGCCAAAGUUUCUCAAAAUUGUAAAGUGUUGGGGAAAAGUGUGAACUUAUUGGGGUUAAUCGUUAUUAGAAAACUGCACCCGUGGGGUGCAGAAACCGAAAUCAAAGAUGGACGACAAACGCGACGGCAAAAAGAAGGACAAAAAGUCGCGUAAAUCACGCAGCCCCAGUCGUGAUAAUCGUCGAACGCCGUCCCGCAGUCCGAGUUAUGGGCGCCGAAGAAGGGAUCGCAGUCGCAGCAGGGAACGGAUGAGGAGAAGGUCUCCGAGUCCGCCUCCGAUGAGAAGACGUGGUCGGGGUAGAAGAAGUCCAAGCCCUCCGCCUCCGCCCCCGAUGCAAGUUCCGCCUCCACCGAUGAUUGGAAACCCGGCGGCGGUGGCUGCGUCUGCUUACAUGGGAGCGGGUCCACCAAUGUACGAUGCUUACGGGGGUUAUGCAGUUCCGCCGCCGCCACCUCCGGCGUAUAUGGGGGACAUGGGCGCAGGGUACGGUGGGUAUGAUUACGGAGCUCCGGGGGGAGCUCCGCAGGAUGGAUAUGCCGGAAUGAUGAACGCUCCGGGACCGAUGAUGAUGGGCCAACCGGGGCCUCCGGGAGAAGAGUACGGAGCCUCUGGAGGGUGGAGUGUGCAGGAAACCGAGGAGGAAAAACGGAAGAGAGAAGCUGCAAUCGCUCUGGAGGUUCGCAACCAGCGUGCCUCGUUGAAGAAGCAAAGGGACGACUACCGACGCCGGGCGAGUGCUCUGAAGCGGGAAUUGAAAACCUUGAAGCAGCAGCGAUCGGAUUUGUGCUCGGGACGUGAUCCUCCGUCCCCAACGACCAAUAGUUUCGUCAAGGAGAACGAUAAGCUGCAGUCCCAGAUUCAGAGCAAGAUCAGCACGAUCGAGAACGUGAUCGACAUGUUGGAUGGGAUCAUUGGCAAGGAUAAGACGCCAACGCCUCCACCGCCGCCCAUCAGCGGGUCGCCGAAGAAGUCCUCCAAGAGUCCCAGCAAGGAGCGCAGCAAACAACGAUCGGAGUCCGGCUCGCCGGAACGACUCAAGAAGGAAGUGCUGCAGACGAUGAAGCGCAAGGACAAGAAGGAUGAGAAGUUAAGCGCAGUAAAACCCGAACCGAGCGAACCAGCUCACAAGCGAAAGCCGGAGUACAACUACAUCUACUACGACCCGGAACUGCACUGGUGCUCCGUUUGCGACAUCUUCCCCAAAACGGCCAAGGAAUACCUCAACCAUCUGCACUCGGAGCAGCACCGGUCCAAGCUGACGGGCGAAGUGUCGAAAGAUUUUCCCUGGCGGGAGAAACAAACCCCCGAAGAGGGCGUCAAACCCGAUCCGGGGCUGCCGAGCAAGCGGACUCCCAUCCGGGGGCUGCAGUUCUUCGUACCGGCCACGGCCUGGUAUUGCAAGAUUUGCGACUACUGGAUGGGCGAUCUGCCGAGCGCUUCGGCCCAUCUCAAAUCGCAGAAGCACAGCGACAACUAUGGGAACUACAUCGAUUCCCACACCAACUUCGAGAUCGAUUGGAUGUCGGACCGUCAAAAGGCUUACGAGAAGAUGCGAGACUGUGACCGGCAGCAGCAGCAAGCGAGUACCACAACGGCCGACGACGCGACCCCAGCGGCCGUUCUGCCCGUCGUCGGAGGAGGUGACGUAGACUUCCCAACCGGAUCUUCACUGCCGAAGGAGUCGGCCGAAGGUAAGAAACGUAAAAAGAGCAAGGAAGACAAGAAGGAGAAAAAGAAGAAGAAGCGCUCCAAGAAGAAGAAAAAGCGAGCAGUGUCCUCGAGCAGUUCGAGUUCCAGCUCGGAUUCGGAUUCCGACUCGGACCAGAAGAGCAGCAAGGGAGAUGGGUUCGAUCCGGCCACUUCGAUUCGGGUUGCUAUGCGGAACCUGCUGAAGGCACAAGAAGCAGUGAAGGACGUUCCACACGCGGAAGAAUCUUCAGCCGGAAAAUGGACCGUGGUUCAAACGGCUUCUGUUCCGAAGGAACUGGCUGCUCCACCUCCGCCCUUCAUGACGGAUGGAGCCGAAAGCCGAGAAAAGAAGCGAGACGAACUGAUGAUUUCACAGUGGGUCACUCCGGAUCCGAUCAUCUCCGAGUCAGAGAAAAAGCUGCUGGAGCAGUUGAAAGGUAAGUUGAAGAAACGGGAUGAUGGGCCAUCGGGGUCGAGUCGUCAUCACGACGAUCACGAAGAUAGCCACGGGCGGGGCGGAGACAGAAGAAGCAAAUCAAAGACACCUCCAUGGCGUCGAGGAAGUCCAGGACGCCGCGGAAACAGUAGAAGCCCGGUUAGACGGUCCAGCCGAAGUCCCAUGAGGCGAGGAGGCUUCCGGCGAAGCCCCAUGGAUCGAAGGCGCGAUCGUGACUUUGAUCGCGGACGGUUCGACAGGCGAAGACGCAGCAGAUCCCGGGGUCGGCGAAGUCCAAGUUAUGGACGUGGUAGAUUCCGCAUGAGGAGGUCCUAUUCCAGAUCCAGAUCUCGGUCUCGCUCUCGUUCCCGCGGUCGUCGAGUGAUUGAAAAACCAAUCGUCAACUUCCCCCCGGAACCAAAGCCCAAACCGGAAAAGAAGAUCAAGGAGAAGAAGGACGACGACAAGAAGGAGAAGAAACCGGUCACUCUGGCCAUCGGCCAGAAGAAGUUGCCAUUCAUUGGGCGAAUGCCAGUAUUCAAGAAACAGCAACAGGAAGCCAAGAAAGAGGAAGCCGCCCCAGCUGAAGUUACCGUCGGAACUGCUUCCAUCAGCGUAGAAAACGGAACCAAACACCAACCGGAGGAAUUCGUGGACAUGAUGCCUGAUCCAUACCAAUUCGUGGCCCUAAUGGGAGCCCCACCACCUCCUCCAUCUCACCCCAGCAAACCAGAUCAGAACAUCCUUCCCCCGGGAAUCGACGAGGCGGAAGCCGAUCUCGUUCCAAAACCGAUCAGUGAUGCACCCAUUCCUCGCAAGGGACCCCUCCCGAAAGAUUUCCAGGAAGCCCUCGAUAUCCUCUUCGAUGGCGACAAACCCAAACCGGCGGAACUCAUCGCCAACGAGACCAAACCUCCGGAGAUAAUCCCUCAGGUCCCGGUCGUUCCCAUCAUCGACACCGACCAACCGCAGAUGAUUGUGCCGGAAGCGAUCGAAAUCUACAACCAGCAGAUUGCCGCUCAGUACAGUUCCGCCGUUGUCUCGGCCCCGGCCGUCACCUACGAUGACGAAUCGCAGAACCAACCCCUCGAAAUGGGAACGUCCGGAGGAGCCGUGGACAUGGCUGUGGACCAUUCGUCGGAGUCUCCGACGGCCGACGGUUCUCCUCGGACCGGCGAGCUGGCCGAUGAUGGCAGCGGGGAGGCGGAACCGAUCCCUCAGGCUCCUCCGCCGCCGGAAAUCGAGAACGAGGAAACGCGCCGGAAACGAGCCGAACUGGAAGAGCUGGCCAUGCUGGGAAUCGACGCGGAUGAUAUGGCGGCGCAAAUUUUCUAAUUUUAGGUUAUUUCAAUGGCACCCCCCGGGAAAAGAUGGUGAGCGCGUUUUAUUCCUAUUAGGUUCCUUUCGUUUUUUGGUCAGACGGUUUCCGCGCGCGCAAACUUACACCAAACAAUAGAUUUAACACCUACAACGAUGGUUUGUAAGUCAAAGCUUAGUGUUUUAUUAAGCAUCAAUGACCGCAUUCAAAGAAUAUCCGAUUAAGAUAUCCACCAUAUGCUUCUAAUUUCCAAUAUACGACUGUUGAAGGUAUA